AUGACCCCACAAGCUAAGCCUCCUGCUACUUCUUUAUCCACUACUACCGCAAGUCACGCUCAACAACAAAAUGCAGAUGCUGGGCCCCCGAUCUUUUCUUUUAGAGGUGUAAACUACACCGAAGAAGAAUUGGGCUGUGAUAAAAAGGACAACCCCACGCCAAUCAAGGAAUCCCUGGGUUGCCAUGCAAUCUCUUCCGUGAACUACUUUCAAGACAACUUGGAGUUCUUGGUACUCGACUAUGUCGAUCUCGCACGCCGCCCCCCGCAAAUUCUCGCUGACAGACUCGUUGAUGCUUACUUUCACGCUGUACACCCCGCGUUCCCCUUCAUUGGCAAAUCCCUGUUUCUGAACCAAUACCAAUCAUUUUAUUCGGAACCGAACUCGAAACCUAGCAAACGAUGGUUGGCAUUACUGAACCUGAUCCUUGCCAUUGCAGCCAGACAUUUAUACCUUAUCGAUCAGCCCCAACCGGACCGCGAUGAUCAUCGGACAUUUUUUGCACGGGCGUCGGAGCUGAGUGUAGGGAACGUCGCGCUGCUAGACCAUCCGGAUCUGCAACAGGUGCAGGUGGAGGGCCUGGCCGCUUUAUAUCUUCUUUCGGUUGGGCAAGUCAACAGGUCUUGGAAAACCAUUGGCAUUGCGAUCCGAUCGGCCAUGACCAUGGGUCUGAAUCUUCGAAGCGACAGCGAGAGCGUCCCGUACUUCUCGAAAGAGCUACGGUAUCGGUUGUGGUGGGCGCUUUCAAUGCUAGAUACCAUUUUAUGCGAGAUGACUGGUCAUCCACUAAGCAUAAGAGGAAUUUUCUGCACCACACCUCUUCCUGUACCAUUUAUGGAAGAGGACUUCUCGAAUGCGCGGAUUACGCAGGUUAUCACCGACCAAGGGACCCAGGGUGCAUCUUUGACAUCUUUACUUUCGAGAAGCAACACGAAUUUGCCAUGGGAGGGUAUCGGGAAUAAAACGGAGGCACGGGCAACACUCGCUACGAGAAACAGUAUGAAACCUAACACGUCUCUAUUCUUGUUGUACGCGGUGGAGUUAGACCAACUUCUGCGAAAGGCAAUUGAAAAUUUGUAUGCUCAGAAAGCGAUGCGGCAAUCGUGGGAUGAGAUCGAAACCGCAAUUUCAACGUUUAACAGCCAUGCCGACGACUGGCUAUCUCGUCUCCCAGCUGAAUUUGAUUUCACAACACCGAAUACAACCCAGACCUCCGCACAGCAACGUGCCAAUCUUGCCUUCCGAUUCUACGCCACUAAGCUGAUAAUCACACAGCCUUCUCUCCGCCGUCUCUCUCUGCAAUCAUCUGAAGCAAGAUCUCCAGCUGCAACGUGCGACAAUAUAGCAGCAAUUUGCGUCCAAACGGCUUGUCGAAUGCUCGAUUUCUUACCCGAGGAGGCAGAUCGGCUUUGGCUUUAUAGUGUCGCGCCGUGGUGGUGCAUCGUCCACAACAUCAUGCAAUCAACCACCGUCCUCCUCGUCGAGCUCUUGGCCCGUACCCAUUUGGGCAGCCCAAAGGCCGCUAGCAUUACCCACCGGGUCAAGAAGGCCACUCGAUGGCUGAAGGAGAUGUCUGCCAAGGAUCCUUCCUCGCAGCGAGCGUGGCUGGUCUGUAUGGACAUCCUCUCACGACACGGCUCGAAAUUUGGACUGGACUUGAACUAG